AUGUCAAACCUUCAGCCUCGAGGUCAGUGAAGGUUCAGCUGAGGGUGGGAUCUGCAGACCUGAACGACCCCACAGUGCAAGAAUCCAUCCUGCAGCAGGUCAGAGGUCACACACGGGCCCCGAUACAAGGAACAGACCGCUAUAACUACUGUGAAAUGAUAGAGAGCAGUGAGUCUGUGCAGGUUCAGGGACACGUGACAGCACACAGCUGCAGAGAUACGGGGCUCGUUUAAUGCAAUCCCAUCCAUUUGUAUUAUUUAACCUUUUUUAACUGGUAACUUGAAGAAGUCACUUAAUUUCAGAUUGCUGUGAGGAGACGACGUGAACCAAUGACAGGCAAUGAGGCCUAAUUCCAGACUCCAGUUUCAUCCCCAGCCAGUUCAUUUAGUUCAUUUCCCCCAGAAACAGCACGAACAACGUUUUCUGCUCACUACAGAAACAACGGCUGAUUAAUGAGGAGCUUCUGUUAAUGUGUGAAAACUGUGUUUCAGGUGAGGGAGAAGCUGGUGGAGCAAGGGAUCAGAGAGGAGGUGAAGCUGAGGUGGAGGACGCAGCCUGAUGGGAAGGUUUUCCACAGAGAGGAGGAGACAGCCGCUUACUGUGAGAAGGAAGACUGUGGCGGUUUAGUCUGAACGUUAUUGGCUGAUGUUCCUCAGGUGAUCUGCUGUGUAAUUCAACUUAUUUCCAUCUCUGUACUCUGACUGCUGGACUGUAACAGCGUAGCUUUGCAUGACUGACAGUUGGAAAUCAUCCUUCUUUAUCCUAAGCUCAGAUCAGAGUGUCUGAUGAGCUGUUUUAUGCCUCUUUGUUUCUUCUGAUUGGUGAAGCUAAAGUUUGCAGGUGAGCAGGUGAGCGGACCUUCUGUGUCUCAGAUAUAAAUGUUCAUGAUAUCCUGUCUCUACAUAUGAAAGUUCAAGAGGAGAAAAAGGUGAAACUGAGUGUUCAGAGCAGCCUGAUGUCUGAGCUUUUUGACUUCAUACUUUAUAGUUCAAAUGAGCACCCAGCAAUAUAACAGUAGAUAUGCCGUAUAUGUCAGUGAAUCGGGCAUUUAUGCUCUCUAUUAUGAUAUUAAAUAUACAUUUUUCUGUCUCAGAAAUGUCUCUGCUGCUGUUUGAUUCUGUAAACUACAGUCAUGGCUCUGCAUCCAUCUUCAUUGUAACUCUAUUCAAUAAAGUCUAUUGAUAUUUUAUUGUCCUGUCAGAACUUUCAGUUGCUUCAUUUUUAUGCUCUUAUUUUGAAUUUGAUGCAGUAACACACAUCAUAAAGGCUGAGACAACAUGAAGUUUAAUGCUAAACAAUAAGACGUCUCACAUACAGUGAAGCUGAUUGGCAGGACAGCAGUCACAUGACUGGCUAUGAAAUCCCAGACAGACAAUCCAACAGUUUGUGAAACAUCUGAAUGUAAAAUGCUGAAAACUUCUGCUGCUCAUCUGUUCACAGAAAAAUCUGUGAAAGCGACGAGACGGCUGUGUGACGGUGAUUUUCAAAAUAAAUUCAGAUCAAAUAUUUUCUGUUUUAAAACACAAAGUGUUUCACAGUCUGAUAAAACUCCACAUUAAGACCAGAGUACCUGUCCACACAGCGGUGCAUUCACUGCUGCGCACACACACACACACACACACACACACACAC